AAAAAAUUAUCUCUCUCAGAAAAAAUAUCAACAAAUUUUUUUGAUUUGCUGUUUUGAAAAUGGCAGCCAAAGUUGAUAACUAAGUAAAUUCAUCAAAGCAUGAUAGAGGUGUUGGCUAACGAUAGAUUGGGGAAGAAGAUCAAAGUGAAAUGCUUGCCUUCUGACUCCAUUGGGGAUUUGAAGAAGAUUAUAUCGUUACAGAUUGGAACUCCGUAUGAUAAGUUGAUUCUUAAGAAGGGUAAUAGUGUUUACAAAGACCAUAUUAGUCUUGAUGAUUAUGAAGUUCAUGAUGGGUUUAAUUUUGAAUUGUAUUACGGUUAGGUAAGUUGGGUGUUUAAUCUAUGCAUUAAGAAUAAAUAAAGGUACAUUAACUAUAUAUAUGGGUUAUGCCAUGUCAU